AUGCAGCAGGCUGUUUUAGACCCAGAGUCACAGGUUGAGAAGGGCCCAAAAGGCAUGGACAAGAUCCUGCAGUCCAUGGACGGCCCAGACAAAAGCAUCUCGGUCACCAACGAUGGCGCGACUAUCCUGCGCAGCGUUUACGUGGAUAAUGCAGCUGCUAAGGUUCUUGUUGACAUUGCCAAGACCCAGGACGAGGAGGUGGGCGACGGGACUACGAGCGUUGCUGUGCUGUGCGGUGAGUUAUUGCGCGAAGCUGAGAAGCUUAUCGACCAGCGUAUUCACCCACAAACCAUUAUUGACGGCUGGCGCAUUGCUCUUGCUUCGGCAAACGACGCACUUGUGGCCUCAGCUAGCGACAAUUCGAAGGAUGCCGAUAAAUUUCGCGAGGAUCUCAUGAACAUUGCGCGCACGACCCUCAGCUCCAAGCUACUAACGUAUGAAAAGGACCAUUUUGCCAAACUUGCUGUUGAUGCUGUACUUCGUUUGCGUGGCUCGAACAAUUUGGAUUACAUCCAAAUAAUCAAGAAGGCAGGUGGCUCACUGCGCGACUCAUACUUAGACGAGGGUUUUAUCCUGGACAAAAAGAUUGGUGUGGGCCAGCCUAAGCGCGUUGAAAAUGCUAGAAUUCUUGUGGCAAACACAGGUAUGGACACAGAUAAAAUAAAAAUUUACGGCGCUCGCGUAAAGGUAGACUCGAUGGACAAAGUAUCGGCCAUUGAAGAAGCCGAAAAGGCAAAAAUGAAGGCAAAGGUUGAAAAGAUUGCUAGCUUCGGCAUUAACUGCUUUGUGAACCGUCAACUCAUUUACAAUUACCCCGAGCAGAUCUUUACUGAAAAAGGUAUUAUGGCCAUCGAACACGCCGACUUUGAUGGUAUUGAGCAUCUGGCGGCCGUCACGGGUGGUGAAAUUGCGUCUACGUUCGACAAUCCAAAUGCAGUGCAACUUGGAGAGUGCAAGCUUAUUGAAGAAAUCAUUAUCGGUGAAGAUCGUAUGUUGCGCUUUUCGGGUGUCAAGACUGGAUCAGCUUGUUCUGUUGUUUUGCGUGGUGCCAGUACGCACCUUUUGGACGAGGCUGAACGGUCGCUGCAUGAUGCAUUGGCUGUGUUGACUCAGACGGUGAAACACUCACAAACGGUUAUGGGAGGUGGCUGUACUGAGGUGUUGAUGGCUCAAGCAAUUGAUUUAAAAGCCCUAUCGGUACCGGGCAAGAAAGCGCUGGCUAUGGAAGCCUUCGCUCGUGCGCUGCGCCAGCUGCCGAGUAUUAUUGCCGACAAUGGCGGAUUUGACAGCACGGAAUUGGUGACUCAAUUGCGUGCGGCACACCACCGUGGUGAGACAACAGCCGGGCUUGACAUGCGCACUGGUUGUGUGGGCGAUAUGGAAACUUUAGGCAUUCGGGAGGCCUUAAAAAGUAAAAAACAAGUGCUUUUUUCGGCUGCUGAAGCUGCCGAGAUGAUCCUCAGAGUAGACGACAUUAUUAAGUGUGCACCGCGCCAGCGCCAGGGUCGCUAA